AUGACCGAUCAUGGCCCUGACGCCCUUGAUGCCUUCUCUCCGCCGCGGGUUGGAUCAGCAAGCCCUGUCGUUAUUUCCCUAGUCUCUCCAGCUUUGACACAGAUGACAGUGACACCGAUUGAUAACUCUCCAAAGCUACCUUUUAAUCUCGCCCAAGGCUUAGAAUCCGAUCUAGAGAGCCACAGUGAUGCCAGUAACCCCUUGCAUCCGAACGUCAGCCACCCAAUGACGAGGGUUGCCCUGGGGGAAAAGGCGGGCGCAGAGAACCUACCGGUUCAUAGGACGAAGAGACGGAAACUCGGAAAUCAGCGUGAUAAUACAGCUGAAAGUAUGGAAGACCUGGUCGAUUGCUCACGAAAUCACUUUCAGCCAGCGGAAGAUGAGUCCACAACACAGAAACAAAAGACGAGAAAGCCCGCAAAGCCGUCCGAGAAGGGCCAAAAAUCGGAGAAAACAGCCAAUCUAAGGCUGAGAGGGAAAGUGAAGAAGGCAUCUGAUACCCAGGUAUUGGUACCAAUAGAUAAAUCUGCCCAGGAUCCUUCUCAAAAAUUUGCUUCACAGCAUAGAGCAGAUGAAGAGAAUGGCGGACUGCAUCUUGAAGAAGCUACCUCACGAAGGGAUUAUUGGACGCCCAUAAAGGACACAAAUUCAGCCUCUAUUGAUUUAACAGGAUCUCCGGUCUCUAUUCAAGCUGAUAAAGCCCAGGCUAAAAGCAAAGAUUUCAGGGAACUGAUGUCUGAAUUCAAUUUUUCCAGAGAAACUUCACAUGAAGUAGAAGCUGGUUGCCAGCUUGUUAACGAUAAACCAACAACAAAACAGCUUUUAGAGUUCAUGCCACAGAACUGCCGUACCAGCAAAUCUUUGGACUCAGAGAGCCUUGAUACAGGCACAUCCAGUACUUCUGAAGGAAACGGCAAACGUAAACAAACUAAGAAGGCCAAACGAUCUGCCAAGUCAAAAAUUACAACCAUUACGUCGUUAACUACGGGGCGAUACGAGUCCUCUCUUGCUCCAGAAGGCGACCAUAUUCCUUCUUCACUGGUCGAUAACAUGGUGGAAUCGAUCCAACCUGCAGAAAAGGCUCCCUCAAACCGUAAGAAUACAAAGCCAAAAUCCAAAAAAGCCAUUCCUGGAAGGGCUGAAUGUUACGCUCUAUUAAAGCCUGCGCCUACAAUGGAAGCCCUCAAAACUAUAGAAAACCAGGCACUGCUCUUUGGAACGUCUAGUCAGCUGGAGAGGGAAUCCAGCCCUAACGUGUAUGGCCUAGAGCCUGAACUGGGGCGCGAUGAAGUUAAGAGUAACUCAAUCCAGAAUAUAUCAAGUGAGCCUUCUACGGGCAUGGGAGUUUCGAGAUUUUCAAAAUCCAAAAACCUGUGGGGAGCAAGCUCUCGUGAUCUAGAUGGUUACCUGUUGAAUGUUGACAUGAUUGAUCUUGUUGAUCCAACCCCAAAAAUAACACCCAAACCUGGGGAUGAACGGCAGAGCAAUCUCAGCAACAAGAACACAGAGCGUAAUAUCCCGGAAGAAAGUUCACUAUUAGGUGAACAAGUAAAUGCCAAAGAUGUUGAACUGCCAGAUUGCUUAGCCGGUGAAAUUAGCACAUCUGAUACUAUGCAAAACUCUUUCGAAUAUUUGAAUACCACCAACAGCCAAGAUGGCCCAGUUGAUGAUUCUAUGCCGAACUAUGAUCAGCUCUCAACCCCAGAGCUCGCAAAGAAACUGGCUUCUUUUGGUUUCAGGCCAAUUAAGAAGCGCGAGAGGAUUAUAGAGCUUCUGGAGAAGUGCUGGGAGAGCAAAAGAAAAUCUUGCAUUGAACCUACGACUAAGCCUGCAAUAUUGAGUACACCACAAGUUGUUAUUCAACCCAUACCCCCAAACGCCAAUUCUAAAUUUAUGGACUCUGAUUCUGCUAUAAAACCUAGUAGUGUCCCUCCUAAAGGGACAAGGAAGCCGAAAAAAAUCACGUCUAAGGAAAUAACCAACCCUGCACGAAGCAGUUGGUCUACAGCUAAAAACCUGAAGUCCUCGUCUAAACCCACAGACAACAUGCCAGAUUCUAUGGGUAGCCAAUCCUAUGUUCAACCUGAGAUAAUAGAAAUAGAGGACUCUACCGACGAAAAUUUAUUAGAGUCAUCCAAACAGCCGAGAGACUACAGAGGCGCUCACACCUUGGCUUCUCGCUCUGCAUCAUCUCAUAUUACUCCCCAAAUAUCCUCAGCACCCUCGCAGACAGUUCCCAUUCAAACUAGAGCAAGUGCUGGCACAAAUGAGAAAGAAAUCGUUGAUCUUCCUGACAUAUUUUUACAAAUCACGAAUGCUGUCAAGGCACAGCCUCGAAUUCGCAGCGUCAACGGCGUAAAGCAACCGACAUGGCAUGAAAAGAUUGUCAUGUACGAUCCUAUUUGGCUUGAUGAUCUUACUUUAUGGUUGAAUGUGGAAGGCUUCAAACUUAUCAAAGAAGAUCGAGAGGUCCACCCAUAUUUGGUGAGAGAAUGGUGCGAAAGCAAAGGCAUUUGUUGCUGUUUCAGAAAUAAGAAAUAA